UCGACACUUUGAGGAGCUGCAGGAGUUUUUUUCUGCGGCUCUGAGGAGAUUCAUCUAAGGAUUCACUCACAACAUGAAGAGCAGCUGGAUUUCUUUGUACGGCGUUCUGGCCGCGGUCUGCGCCGUCCAGGCGACCUACACAUACUACUCAAUAGCGCGCUGCGACUGUAAUGGGAGGUCUCGGUACUGCCUUCGGGACAGCUUGGGCCUGCACUGUGUGGACUGUCAGGGAAACACUGAGGGACGCCACUGCGAGCGCUGCAAGGAUGGAUUCUACAUGGUGGGGGCGGCGGCGCUGAGCUGCACACCCUGCCGCUGCAACCUCACAGGUUCUGUCAGUGCGUCAUGUGACAGCAGGGGGCGCUGCAGCUGUAAAGAAGGUGUCACGGGGGACAAAUGUAACCGCUGCCGAAACGGACCGAUCGGACCGAACGGCUGCACACAAAGUCGUCAGCUCAGAGAGGAUUCUGGGAGUCAGACCUGUUUCUGUUACGGCCACAGCAGCCAGUGUUCUCCACAACCCGGAUACUCCGUCCACAACAUCACCUCCACCUUCACCAACGGUCCGGACGGUUGGAAGGCGGCGACGGCGCAGGGCGUCACCCCCGGAAACGUUCACUUCCGCUGGUCACCGACACACCAGGACCUGGAGGUGAUCUCCAAAAACUCUCUGCCGGUUUACCUGUAUGCCCCAGGUCCUUACCUGGGGAAUCAGUUGCUGAGUUACGGUCAGAACCUCUCCUUCUCGUUGCGUCUUGACCGUGGCGUCCGACAUCCGUCCACCAACGAUGUGAUUCUGGAAGGUGGCGGCCAACGAGUGUCUGCCUCGCUGGGUGACCUGCGAUCCAUCGUCCCCUGUGGGCAGAAGAUCAACUACAGUUUCAGACUGGACGAGCAGCCCAGCAGCAGGUGGAAGCCUCAGCUCUCCUCCACCCAGUUCCAGACGCUCCUCCAGAACCUCACCGCCAUCAAGAUCCGGGCAACAUUUGGUGAAGAUGGUCGUGGUUACCUCGACAACGUGCGGCUGGUGUCGGCUCGGCGUGGCCAUGGUGUCCCAGCCCGCUGGAUUCAGACCUGCAGCUGCCCGCCGGGUUACGAGGGCGACUUCUGCGAGCGAUGCUCGGCUGGUUUCAGACGCAGGACCCCCGUAGACGGAGCCUUCAGCCCCUGCGAGCCAUGCAGCUGCAGAGGAGGCAGCUGCGACCCGCAGACCGGAGACUGUUACUCUGCUGACGAGACACCCGGAGAGCUCAGCUGCUCCGAGGGGUUUUACCGCGACCCCUGGCAGCCUGGCUGUGUGAAAUGUCCCUGUCCGGACGGAGUGUCCUGCUCGCUGCCUGCUGGCGCACUGGCGCCCCGAUGUGACCGCUGUCCAACCGGAUUCACAGGCCCUCGCUGUGAUGUCUGUCAGGAGGGAUUUUAUGGCGGCUCUUCGAGAGGCGACGGGGUGGUGCAGCCCUGCAGGCCCUGCCAGUGUAACGGCCACAUUGACGUCAGCGUGGCGGGAAGCUGCGACCGCAGCAGUGGUGAAUGUCUGAAGUGUCUGAACAACACGGAGGGAUGGAACUGCGAGAACUGUCAGCCAGGUUUCUACCACGGCCAAGUCACCGACGCCUGCAAACCGUGUGACUGCGACCUGAAGGGCUCCGUGUCCCAACAGUGUGAUGAUUCGGGUCAGUGUCGCUGCAGACCGAACUUCGAGGGUCUGAAGUGCCAAAGGUCCAACUGUCCUGCCUGCUUCAGCCCCAUCAAGAAAAAGAUGGAGGCUUACACUUCCAAACUGAAGGAGCUUGAGACUCUGUUCUCCAACAUGGACGGAGGUUUGAAACCAGCCAACAGUGCUGCGAUGAACGCCGCUCUGAGAGCCACAGAGGAGCUGGUGGACGACCUGCAGCACGACGCCGAGCUGCUCGCAGGAUUGGAGAAGAACCUGCAGGGCCGCCUGGCAUCCAUCAGCAAGAGUCAGCUGGCCGAGGGACAGGACAUCCAGAACAUCGCAGACGCAGCGGACGACAUUAAAAAGGAGCAGCAGAUGUACAAGACGAAGGUGCAGGCGGUCAAGAGUUUGAUGGAGGAGAUGAAAAGCAAACUGGACCAAGCCAAGCAGGACCUCAGAUCAGCUGAGAUUCCUCUUGGAGACGCUCCGCUGGGGUCAAACAUCUUCUCCUCUCUUGUGCAGGCAGCGAACAGUCUGGCUGAUAAACACCAGACGACAGCAGACGCUGUGGAGCGAAGCGCCAACGAAGCUCUGAGCAAUUCAGAGAAGAGUCUGGAUCAGGUCCGAAAUCUCAUGAACAAAGAGAACAAAGUCAAAGAGCUGAUCGGAGAUCUGAAAACAAUGUAUGAUAAGACUUCAGCCCAGGUGAAGGGUUUGGAGAACCAGGCCAUCCGUCUGAGCGGCGAGGCCAAAGAUGAGAGCAAAAUGGCAGACGGCAUGCUGAAAGGCAUCGCCAGCAUGGAGCAAAACCUACCAUCAGCCCUGCAGGGACAGGUGGACGCCAUGGUUGCCAGGUUGGAUGAUGUGAAGCAGACAGUGGACGGGGACAUCUCAGGCAUCGAGGCGCUGCAGAAUGGCUUUCUACGAGACAAGGCCGCCACUGAGGACCUGCUGACCAAGGGCAAGGCCUCCCAGCAGGUGUUCGACAAGCUGCUGGACAGAGUCAACGUCGCCAAGGCCGUCACUGACGCCGCUCUGCAAACAAUCAACACCAACACCAAAGAGCUAGAUGACGCCCUGAACGCCCUGAGAGGGUUCGACCAGCAGAUUGACAGCAGCAAAGCUCUGGCCGAUGAGGCCAUCAACCGUCUCCCCAGCAUAAGCGGCACCAUCCAGCAGGCUGUCAGCAACAAUGCUAAGACACAGUCUGUCCUGGAAGACGUGUCUGGAGAUUACAGCGACGCACUGGGAAACGUUGACCAGUUGGAGAACCUGCUCCGUGGUCUGGAGGGGUCAUUUGGAGCUUUGCCGCCUCAUACUGGUCUGCUAAAUGAAGCCACCAAACUGAACAAGGACGUGCAGGAUCUGAAGACGAAGGCAGUGGAAGCAGCUGGAGAUGUGUCCUCAGAGCUGGACGCUGGCAGGAGGCUGGAGACUGACGCCCAGGAGGCUGCUGCCGGAGCGGCUGCUGCUUUCAGGAAUGCCAGAGAGACCAGAGACGCUGUGGGGAAGACACUGCGAGACAUCAACUCUAUGCUGGCUAACAUGAACAAGCCAGGGACUGUGGAUGAAAACCAGCUGAAGCAGCUGGAGGACUCUCUGGCCGGUGCUCAAAGAGAAGUGGAGGGGAAUCUGCGGCCUCGUCUCACUGACAUGGAGAGGCAGGAGGCCGCCCAGCGACGACGACUCAACGGCAUCAACCUGGACAUCGACACAAUCCUGCGAGACAUCACUAACCUGGAAGACAUCCUGAAGGCCGUCCCUGAGGGCUGCUUCAACAGUCCCCCCAUCGAGGAGGCCUGAGGACAUGAUCCACAACACACACCUGUCGACGGGAACCCACCUGCUCUCAUCAAACAAAUCAUUUUGAUUUGCUGGUGCCGAUUAAUCAUCACAAUAAUAUAUCAUUAUAAGAAAAAUAUCAUAAAUGUAUACUUUAAAAACUUUAUAUUUUUUACAGCAUCUCUUGAUAACAAAGUAUUAAUACGAAGAUGAGUCGCUUCAGUCUCUUUAAAACACAGUUUCACUUUACUGUGUGAAAAUACUCCUUAAAUGUAACACUAUCCUACAUUGUUUAGCCUCCAUGUCAGACUCCAGCCUGCUUCUGCAAACUGGGGCCGUGGCGACUGACAUCUACUGUUUGUAAUACACUGACCAUAGAUAAGUACCCCAUUCAACUCCACUUCAAAAAUCCAAACUGUCCCUUUAAGAACAAAUUUUGGAUUUGUAAAUAAAUGUGAAUCUUUCUUUUUCUCCAAAGGAUGAACCAGAUGACACGUUUGUGAUAUAUGUUUGUAUCUCGAAGGGUCAGAAGGUGAAUCUGAGGGGUCAAAAGAUGAUUGACAGCAGUGGAGUGACAGCAGUCACAUGACCAACAAGUCACUGUCAUGCUGCGUUCAGCUCAUGUGGGAGUCACCGUAAAAAUCAUGACUCGUAAAUCAGGUUCAUGUCCAACUGCUGAAAGCCGAAAAACCCAAACAAAUAUGAACCUGAACGCAGCAUGACGGCUCACUGAUGCUUUUUUAAAAUUACAGUAAACAACAGAAAGAAAAACCAGAUUUGAUGUUUUCAGGAGUCGACUCUGCUGCAGAUCAUCAAACAUAUUAACAUCAGAAAAACUGAAACUUUACUGAAUGUUUUUAACCUGCUGUUUUGCAUUAUUGCACACAACAACUACUGAUAACCUUCUUUUUAUUAAACAUCAUAAAUAAUGUUGAGUAUAAAAUAUUUAGAACCUAUAUCUACCUUUAGUUUCUGAUGGACACUGUGUAUAUUUUUUUAUUUUUUAUUGUUUGUGAUAUUUGUGAGUGUGUGAAUGUAUUUAUAAGUGUACAUACAUGACAUCAGGUUUUUAAAUUCAGUGUUUUUAUUUGUUCUGUCGUCAUUAAAGUGUCUCAGCAGCAGCAGAAAUGUUUCUAUGUUCUGUCACUGCUUUAAAUAAAACCUGCUGCACGUUCU